CGACGCACCAUGCAACAAGCUAUCCCAUAUAGAAAUUGGGCGCCCACCUCCUCUCCGCCCGCCUCUGUGCGGGAGCAGGUGGCAGAGAAGCCCGUGGUUGUUUUCGCGCGGCGAGGCUGCUGCAUGUGCCACGUGGUGAAGCUCUUGCUCCACGGCCACGGCGUCUAUCCUUCCAUCUUCCACGUCGACGACCACAACGAAGCCGAGGUAAACGAGGAGCUGUCGAAGAUCAUCGGCGCCGCCGCCCCGCAGCUGCCGGCGGUGUUUCUCGCCGGAGAGCUGUUUGGAGGGAUUGAGAAAAUCAUGGGCGCGCAUAUUUCUGGUGAAUUGGUCCCUAGGCUUAGAGAAGCUAGAGCUCUUUGGCUUUAAAUAUUCAAAUAAUUAUUAUUGUUGUUCUAACUUAGUAGAAGUUUAAUGGAUGGUAGAAGUUGCUAAACAUCUUGCAUUAUUAUGUAAAAAUUCUCUGAUAUCAGUGGCUACUUUUGACUUUGGCUAUAUUGACUAUUGUUUAA